AAUAUUUGUUCAAUUGUCUAUUCUACCCUCUAGAAUGCUAAAGAUUGGAAGAUAUAAAAAGGAUAAGUUAUCAACUGAAUUUACAUCAGUUUCAUUCAACUUAAGUUACUUCUGUAACAAUCAUCAAAGUUUCAUUUCUUUUUAGGUGAGCAGAAAAAAAUCAAUUAUCUUAAUCAUCAUGAAUUUCAACCAUGUGAAAGUACUCUUGCUUCUAGUUACUCUCUCUGGAACUAUUACUUUAGCUGUUAACUACGAAUCACAUCAACAUUCAAAACGAGAUACCACUGGACAAGCGCCUAUUAUCAGUGAUAAGGAUGAUGAUAACGGUGACAAAUUGACAAUGAAAGGUACCAACAAUAUACUUCCAUCAUUUUUAUCAAAACUGUUGCCAAUAGCAGAAACUUCUCUCGGGGAUUCUUAUGAGAGUUUGUUGAAGAAAAACUCUACAGCUGAUUUCAAUCCAAAUUCUGCUCUCUUUUCACUUGCAAGAAUCAUUGGUUUUUAUCCCAAUUAUCGCAGUUAUUAUCAGAAUGAAACAAAAUUAGAGGCAAAGUUCGAUCCAGAUCUUGCUCCUAUUGUUGGCGUUAUUCACAGUGAUGACCCAAACAAUACUUUAGCUGGAAUAAGACUAAAGUAUCCGGAUAUUGAUCCCGCUGGUCAGAGUUUCGAUAUAAAUGACAAUAGAAAUCGUCUAGAUCCAACUGAUGCUCUCUUCGUUGACGUAAUUCACUCUGACGGUGGAGAAUCUGUUAUAGACGGAUUAGGAUUAGAGGAGCAGGUUGGUCGUAUGGAUUUCUACCCAAAUGGAGGAGAGCGACAAGCAGAAUCUGAUCUAAAUGAUACUCACUUCGUUGACGUAAUUCACUCUAAUGGAGACUUUAUUAAAGACAGUAAGUUGAAAUAAAACCUAGUCUAUGGUCAAAAUUCACAGAAUUCGAGUUAUUUUUACCACAAAGAAAAAAAAGAAUCACCUUAGUCACCUUACUGUGUUUCCAUUUUACACUAACUGUUUUUCUGUGAAAAUUAACUUGUUUACUAUUGAACGUAGCUAUUAAUACGUCCAAUAGGACAUUUGAACAAUCAUAAUCUGAUGAUCCAAAGACAUUUAUCACUGGUAAUUUUCACUGAUAUUUCUUAACCAUUUGAUUAGAGGCAAUCAAUCAAUUGAUUGAUUAUAAUUUCUUUCUUGUUGUUUCUAAUAUCUAUUGUCAGUCAGCAUUCACUUGUAUUACUGAAUUAAAGUUACUUUUUAUUAAGAGGAGAACUUUAUUGGCACCAAGUUGUGAUCAUUUCACUUUUGUUCACCGCAGUUAACAGAAAAUAAUUAAUAGCAAUUAAAAUGAUGAUAAUAGGAUGAGGAUGAAAAAAAGAUUUGAAAUGUUUACAGAAAAAGUGAGUUUGUCCUGAUGCUUUUUCGACAUUCACUGGCCGUUCAACUUUCGCUUUGGCCUUAAUGUCACGGAAUCGAUUUCUCCUUCCACCCUUCAUGCCAAAUGAGGAAACGAUUCAUUCAUAGUUUAAAAAACAAUCAAAAUCUCUUGACAAUUAACUAAUUGUUCAUCCAAAGAGCUUAACAUCAUUUUCACCAAUUCUCACUGUUAAUUAAACAUAUUUUCUCGGUUUAA